AUGGCAAGAAAAUACGGCUUCAGGGCUGUCGAACUAUUCUUCGAAGAUCUCGUCGAUUUGACAAAGACAAUGCCUGGAGGCGACCAGCCGAACAAUCAACUUGCAGCUGCAGCCAUAAUUCGUCAGUUAUGUGACGAUCGGGAACUAUCGAUUCUGUGUUUACAGCCCUUUAUGCAUUACGAGGGACUAGUGGACCGGCAAUUACACCAGCAAAAACUAAAUGAUGCGAAAUUAUGGGUGCAACUGGCGCACAUUCUAGGGACUGAGAUGAUACUACUUCCGAGUAGCUUUCUUCCCCCUUCAGAAGUAUCGUCAGAUAUGGAUGUGAUUGUCCAAGACAUGGUUGAGAUUGCCGAGAUUGGUCUUGAAGCCUCCCCAGUCAUUAAAUUUGCUUACGAGGCUCUCUGCUGGGGCACACGGGUUGACACAUGGGAGAUGAGCUGGAAUGUGGUGCAAAGAGUCAACCGCCCGAAUUUCGGCAUUUGCCUUGACACUUUUAACAUUGCCGGUCGAAUCUAUGCAGACCCGUCGGUAUCAUCCGGCCGAACUGAUAAUUGCGACGAAGCGGUCGAAGCCUCUCUUCAUGAGAUGAUUGCCUCUGUUGAUCCGAAAAAGCUAUUUCUGGUGCAAAUGGCGGACGCGGAAAAGCUGUCUCAGCCUCUUGACAGUAGUCAUCCAUUCUACAACGAGGAGCAGCCGCCUCGAAUGAGCUGGUCUCGGAAUGCCAGAUUGUUUUACGGAGAAAGCCAACACGGCGGGUAUCUACCAGUUAAACGAAUCUUGGAAGUCAUCACCAGGAACCUCGGAUAUCAAGGCUGGCUGAGCUUUGAAGUAUUUAAUAGGGCACUGUUGGAGAGCGAUGGGCGAGUACCGGAGACAAUGGCCAGGAGGGCAGCACAGUCAUGGAGGCGGAUGGAGCGCGACUUGUCACUUGGACGGUCUACCAUGAAUUAUAAAACUCAAGCACUGUUGUAG